AUGGCUCGUACUAAGCAAACUGCCCGUAAAUCUACUGGUGGCAAAGCCCCUCGUAAGCAAUUGGCUACCAAAGCUGCUCGUAAGAGCGCACCAGCCACCGGUGGUGUUAAGAAGCCACAUCGUUUCCGCCCUGGUACCGUUGCUUUGCGUGAAAUCCGUCGCUACCAGAAGAGUACUGAGUUGUUGAUCCGCAAAUUGCCUUUCCAACGUUUGGUUCGUGAAAUUGCCCAAGAUUUCAAGACUGACUUGCGUUUCCAGAGCUCUGCUGUCAUGGCCUUGCAAGAAGCUAGCGAAGCCUACUUGGUCGGUCUCUUCGAAGAUACCAACUUGUGUGCCAUCCAUGCCAAGCGUGUCACCAUCAUGCCCAAGGAUAUCCAAUUGGCCAGACGUAUUCGUGGACGUACUAAGCAAACUGCCCGUAAAUCUACUGGUGGCAAAGCCCCUCGUAAGCAAUUGGCUACCAAAGCUGCUCGUAAGAGCGCACCAGCCACCGGUGGUGUUAAGAAGCCACAUCGUUUCCGCCCUGGUACCGUUGCUUUGCGUGAAAUCCGUCGCUACCAGAAGAGUACUGAGUUGUUGAUCCGCAAAUUGCCUUUCCAACGUUUGGUUCGUGAAAUUGCCCAAGAUUUCAAGACUGACUUGCGUUUCCAGAGCUCUGCUGUCAUGGCCUUGCAAGAAGCUAGCGAAGCCUACUUGGUCGGUCUCUUCGAAGAUACCAACUUGUGUGCCAUCCAUGCCAAGCGUGUCACCAUCAUGCCCAAGGAUAUCCAAUUGGCCAGACGUAUUCGUGGAGAACGUGCUUAA